AUGAGUGAUGAAGACAUUGAAGUUGAUAGUGCAGUUUUUCCUCUAAGGUCUAAGAAACGGAAAUCUCAUAGACGUAUGAAGAACGUUGCUAAGUUAUUAAAACUACGAAGCCAUGAAACAGGCCCAAGUUGUAAUUGUACUAGAUUUAAGUGUUUUGAAAAUGUCACCGAAAGAGACAGGUUGCAAAUAAUUAAACAGUUUAAUGAACUUAAAGAUCAUGAUGAACAGAAUUUGUAUCUAAAUGGCUUAAUUUCACAUGCCCUCGUUAAACGACACCGAAGUAGAAAGAAUAUUGAUAAAGAUGUUGAAUAA